AUGGCGUUCUCUUCUUACGCCCACCUUCUUCUCCUGCUUUCCCUCUUCACGCCCGCCUUCUGCUUUCGCCACCCAGAUGUUGCUGUUGACGUCCGACAGCCGCCGCCGCCGCGGCCGCCUCCCUCUCUCCACCACCACCUGGCCUCCGUUCUUUCCUCCCUCGGUUACCAGCAGCUCGCCUCUGCCGCCUCUUCCAUCUGUGACCCCACUUUCUUCUCCCCCUGGGACCUCCCCGCCACUGUCUUCGCCCCCUCCGACGGCCUCGUCAAUGCCUCCACCUUCCUCGUUAAUGAGCACAUAGUCCCCGGCAUCUUCACCCUCCGCAUUCUCUCCAGGAUGAAAUCCGGCACCCUCCUAGGGACCAUGAGCCCCGGCCGGUGCCUCGCCUUCACGUCCCAGGACAACGCCACCACCGGCACCCUUCUGGUGAACUCCGUCCCCAUUGUGAAACCCGACAUGUACAACGACGGCGAACUCGUCGUUCACGGGAUCGGAUUCCCAUUUGCUCCGCUCUCCCCCUCUUCUUGUGAACAUCCCACCACCGUCACCACUGCCACGACUACCGCCACCUCGACGUCCACCAUCGACUUUCCUGUCACCGUCGAUCCGUACGUCCACCCAUCGCCGGCGUUCGUCAUGAGCCUGAUGCUCCGCGACGCGAUGAGCCGCCUCAGAGAGAGAGGCUACAGCAUCCUGGCCCUCGCCAUACGGGUCAAGUACGUCGAGCUCGUGGACCUCCACAACGUGACGGUCUUCGCACUCGACGACUCCUCCAUCUUCUCCGGCGGCCACGCCUAUGUCAGUAACUUCCGGUUCCACGUAGUGCCGAACCGACUCCUCACACACGACGACCUGAUGGCGCUACCACUGGGCUCCCUCUUACCGACCCUGCUUAACGGGGAGAGGUUGGUCGUCACGAGUGCCGGCACCGGCGCCCGCAUCAACUACGUGCCCCUCCGCUCACCGGACCUGCUGCGUAACCUGAACGUCGUGGUCCACGGUAUCUUCCUUCCGUUUCCCCACCUUCACCAGGAACUUUCCGUCCAAAGCGCGUUCAGCAACGCUGCCUUUCGCUCGCCGGCGUCUGCUCCGGAGGGCGAAGACGAGCCCUGCUGCACUGCUGCACCGAUUGCACGACGGAGCGUACUCUUCGACGGUCUGAGCAUGACAGUUUCUUCGGAAGAUGAUAUUCUUUGA